UAUUACUUCUCUCUCUCUCUCUCUCUCUCUAAAGUCUAAAACAGGGACAAAUUCACCGUUACCCUUUUAACCUAUCUCUCUCUCUCUCUAAAAUUUCCUACCCUUUCGUUUUUCUUGUUUCUAUUUUCUCUCUCUAUCGCUCGACAGACUCCGUCUCUCUCUUCAAUCUUGGAUCGAAUUCACCACCACCACCACCACCACCACUGGGAAAGCAUCCACCCAUUGUUAUCGUAGCAUAAGAACAAAGCCCAGAUUUUUUUUUUCUUCUGUUUUUCUUUUGUUUCGAAUUCCACUCGUUCUUUUCUUCUAUAAAUUCCUGUUUUUCCAGUUCAAGAAUUCGAUACCAAGUGAAUUUGUGUUGGCGUUAUCUGUCGAUUGUGGGGAUACUGAAUUAGGGUUUCUUUUUUUUUUUUUUCUUUUGGAUUUUGGGCUAUAGUCAAUUCUUUGAUUAUCAGGUUCUUUCUUUUUAUUAUUCGAUCUAAUCUUUUUUUUUUCUUUCUGGUUAUAGUAUAAUAAUCAUCCCAUUUAUUUUCAAACCCUAAAGAACCAAAGAAACAAACCAUAUUUUUUUCGUCAAAAAAAAAAAAACAGAUUGAUUAAUCGACUCUUUAUCUUUUUUUUGUUUCUUAUAUUGUAUAGAUUAAAAAGAAAAAAAAAACACAUUAACUGUAUCAAUUCCAUCAAUUUUAGCUGAUUUUAGGUGUUCUCUGGAUUAGAUAGAACAAGAAGCUCUGUGAGAUUUUUGGUUGCGGUGUUUUAGUUUGCUAAUCCGAAAUUGAGGGUUUUCUUGUUUAGAUCUUUUUAUUUUCUCUUUCCAUUUUUACCCUUUUCCUUUUCUUAUCUAAUCUAAAGACCCAAUCUUUUGUGAUAACUUCUUUCCCGGUUUGGUUUUGUUUGUAAUAUUGUUGCAAGCAGAAUUUCCAAUUUAGGUUUUGUUUAGGUAGAAUGGCCUUGAAUUUUUCACAUCGAACCCUCUUUCCUGGGCAUUUACCUGAGGACAAUUUAGUAACCCCAAUGAGACUUGCUAAUGGUUACCUUGUUGAGGACAAGGUUGAGAAUUGCUUUGAUUAUGGGAGGGAUAGGAGUGAUAGGUGUGGGCCGUGUGGCUCUCAGGAAUCGGUGCAUAAGGACAUUCUUGACCUUUUGCCAUCUGAUCCCUUUGGCAUGGAUAUAAGCACUACAUUUACUGCCCUUACUGGUUGGCUCGAGGAUUUGGAGAUGGACUAUACUGGGUAUAGUAGUGAUCAGGUUGCUACUAGUGAUGGGAGCUAUCAAUUGUUUGCUGGGUUGAAUUUUAUUUGGAGCAAUGCAAUGCGGUUCCAAAAUUUUCCAGGGAGCAUGAGGUUUGAUUGUAGAUCGAAUGCAGCUGGUGGAUUUUGUGAUGGGUGUCUCGAGUUAGAGGGCACAUGUGCAUCUGGCCCCUGUGCUUUUGGGGUGACUUGUAAUUUGGAGAACAUAUUUAGUUUGGGGAAUGAAUUAGUGGGCAAUAAAGAUGUAGGUAUUAUGGAGAGAAGUGAGGAAUCUCAUGAGGUUAGUUCUGAUGGAGAUGUAGGAGCUCCUCAUUCAGCUCUUGGUUUUGCCCUUGCUUUUCUUGGUGUGCGGGAUCUUCUUGUUGUUGAAACAGUUUGCAGAUCACUGCGUUGGACGGUUCGGAAUGAUCCACUUUUAUGGAGGAGUUUUCACAUAGAUCAACCAUUGAAUGAGAAAAUUACUGAUGAUGUUCUUUUGCAAUUAACUAAUAGGGCUCAAGGUACCUUGCAAUGUUUGAGCCUGGUUGAGUGUCCACGGAUUACUGAUGAUGGAUUGAAACAGGUGCUUGAAAAUAAUCCAAGGAUAACCAAGCUAAGUGUGCCUGGAUGUACAAGACUCAGCAUUGAGGGGAUUGUAUCUAGCUUAAAGGCAUUGAAGGCUAUGGGUACACAGAGGGUGAAGCAUUUAAGGAUUGGUGGGAUUUAUGGAGUGACACAAGAGCAUUUUGAAGAACUAAAGUUUUUAUUGGGCACAGAUGGUCACAUGCAGCAGAAUGCCCACAAGCCACAUUUUUAUCACAGAGAAAACUUGUAUCUGUCAUGUGAAGAUGAUCGCACUAUUGAUAUUGAAAUGUGUCCGAGAUGCCAGAACCUGAGGUUAGUUUAUGAUUGCCCUGCUGAAGGUUGUCAGCAAAAGGAACAUUCCUCUCAGGCAUGCAGGGGAUGCACGCUUUGUAUAGCUCGGUGUUCUCAGUGUGGCUGUUGUAUUAAUGACAGUGAAUAUGAGGAAACAUUCUGCCUCGAGUUGCUUUGUUCAGAUUGCUAUAAGCAACUUCUAAAAUGUCAGGAGAAGCAGGUCAAUAAGAUUACUCCGCCCAAGUCUCUUGCUCGCCAUGUCUCUAGCUGCAGCGGACGUCUUCAUGGCUAGAGACAGAUGCCUGUCUAUUUCUUUUGAUUUCAUAUUAUGGUGGAGAUGUGCAUAAUUGUUUAUUUAGAGUCUUAAGAAGAAAUGCGAGGCAGCUAUUGCGAUGACGAUUCCUUUUUCCGUCUUGCUUUUUGCCUUUGCCUUUUGAGUUUGCUUACUGAGUUUCUGUCCCAGGUGUAGCUAUUAGUGGACUUCAAGUUGUCUUGUAUGCAGAUUUGGUCGAUUGUGGCUACAUUUACUGUUUUGGGGAAAAAGGGAAAAAAGAAAAAAGAAAAAUGGAAAUACAAAAAUACUAGAAGGAAAUAAGGCAAGGGUUCUUAUGUUCUGUUUUGUCUUUUAUUUGGCACGUGGCUCUAUAAAGUCGGAAGAAAAAUGCAUUAGUUUGCCUGUGAUGUCCAGAGCUGGUGUGAAUCCACCCUGAGGUGUGAUGAGAAGAAUUAUGUUUAGCAAAUGAUUGUGACUUGUCUGUCCCAAAUGAACUUAUAUGCUUCCCUAUUGGAGGAGUUGCUGAUAUGUUAUGUCUAUGAGACUACAAUCUCUCCAAGGUCUGAGGUGAUUAGUUUUCCUACUGUGUAGCAGAUCGUAUAUUGCAGCUUAAAACCACUACUAUUAUGGUGGUUUUGGAUGGAGCAGUUGCUGAUGCUUGUCCUUCCAGCUGACAUAUAUAUAUUGCUCCGUGUAUGAUCUAUUACUGUUUCGUAGCUGGCUUCUUCAAAUGUAGGAGAAACUAGCUGUUUUUACCUCCCGCUGAUCUGUAAUUGUCAUUAGAUGUACGAGGCUUGUUUUCUGGAUGCUUCUUCCCUCGAAGUAAGAUUUUAUGGCCUCAUUUUGGCGUCAAACUGUAACUUUUCCUUUUAAUAAAAAAAGAAAUGGUCUGUUGAAUA